AUGAAAAUUGUCAUUUGGUGUACUGUGCUAUCUAUUUUGUGUAUUAACUAUGCAUGGUCUGCUAAAAUUCUAUUCAUUGGAAUACCUAUGUACAGUCAUUUUCGAAACUUUGCCUUCGUGAGCGAUGUGUUGGUCAAUAAAGGCCACGAUUUAUGGAUGGUGACCACUUCUAAGUUAGAUGACCAGUUGAAACUAAAGGACAGGGGAAUAAAAUCAAUACAUUUUACAAAUGAAAGUCAAAUCGAGGAACUUGUUGACCUGGUCGUUGCAGAGCGUGUUGAGAAAUACUUAAGGACAGGGAGGCAUCAACGGAAUUUUGAACCAAUUUUAAAGCUGGAGAAUCGCAUCCUUUCUGAUCAGCCAUUGCUUUCGAGGAUCAAAAGAAAAGACUUUGAUUUGGUUGUAUUGGAUAACUCCCCUAUAGCCUACAUGUUGGUUAUCAUCCCUUACAAAUUUGAUAUUCCCUUUAUUUUAUAUGGGCCUUUUUAUGAUGCUAUAUCACAUCGGAUUCCUUUCUCACCAGCUGUUAUAACCCCACCACUACUAGCAGCAACCGAACGGAUGAGUUUCAUAGAACGGCUUCAAAGCACACUGCUAUACCUCACAAUUCUUAUUUUUUAUCCAUUUUCUAUGGGAAAUGAGGCUGCUAUUUUCGCCCCGGAGAAACCUAAUAUCCAUCUCAUGGACAUUAUUAGUAAAAGUGAGCUCGUGAUCUUUGAAUUCAACAUAAUGUUACAUUUUCCCAUUCCGUUACUGCCAAAUAUCAUUUCAAUCGGAGACGUUACUCCAAAAAGCAGCCUGGAAAUUCCAAAUAAUUUCCAGAAAUUCUCGGACAGAUCUAAGAAUGGAGUUGUAUUAGUUUCCUUUGGAAGUUUAGCAAGUACUGGAGACAAACCAGUAUUUAAGAAACUUGUAUCCGCUUUCAAACGAACUAAAUACAACUACAUCAUAAAAGGAGAAUUCACUCAAAGUGAUAAUCAAAUUUUAGCUGAGAACUGGAUACCACAAUCAUCGUUAUUAAAACAUGCCAAUAUCAAACUAUUUAUAACUCAUUGUGGAGCCAAUGGAAUUAGAGAAGCUAUUAUCGGUGGAGUUCCUAUGUUAGGGUUUCCAUUAUUUGCAGAACAACCAGGAAAUGCGUUCAAAAUGCAAUCCCGUGGAUUUGGUAUUAAAAUGGAUUUAUAUUGGGAUAAUGAAGAUGAUAUUGUAAAAUCGAUCAAUGAAAUAAUAGAGAAUCCUCAAUAUAAAAACACGGUGAAACGAGCAUCAGAAUUUAUGAAUGCUCAGAAAGGUAAUGCUACACUAGAAGCAGUAUUUUGGAUAGAAACUAUUUUAAAAUUUGGUGGUGAAUAUUUACGGUCUGCUGGUGUAGAUAUACCACUGUAUCAAUAUUUGUUAUUAGAUGUUAUAUUUGUAUUAAUCUGUAUUAUCAUAGUUGUUAUUCUUAUUAUGUAUCUUAUUUGUAAAUGUAUUUGUAACAGAAUGUGUUCUAAAAGUAAGACUAAACGCGAAUGA